CCUUGCUCUUCUUCUUCCCGCAAGUCCGUGCUUGAAAUUCCGAUAUCGGAGAAAUGGAGAAACAGUAGCCAAAUCAAACACCAGAGACCAAUCAAGUCCCUUCGAUUUUCGAAAAAAUCCCUAUGGCGAGCACUAACAAUGGCGGAGGAGAAGAGCAGCAAGAGGAACUGAAGAAACUGGCGGAGCUCAGUAAAACCCUAAAAGAAGGUGAGAGAAUUCUCGCGCCAACGCGGAGGCCAGACGGAACUCUUCGCAAACCCAUUCGUAUUCGCGCCGGCUAUGUCCCUCAAGACGAAGUCGCCAUUUACCAAUCCAAAGGCUCUUUGUUGAAAAAGGAGAUGGCUUCAAAUGUGCCUCCUGGGUUUGAACCGGCCCCAGAUAUGAAGUCAAAAACCAAGUCUGUAAAGAGAAAUGAAAGGAAGAAGGAGAAGCGGCUACAGGCUGCUCUUGAAAAAGGAAAGAACUUAGGAGAAAUAGAAGGGGAUUGUAAAAAGGAAGAACUCGUACCUCUUGAGAAUAGCAUUGAUUGUGGAUCAGAAUCUGUGAACUCAUUGGCAUCACAAGUGAGUGAGCUAGCUGUUUCUGCAAAUCCUGGACCAGUUAUUCCUCCUGACUCGACAGAGGAUUCAAAUCCAGGGGAUCCCAUUCAAGAUAUUGAUAAACAGAUUCGAGCUCUUAAAAAGAAGAUUCGACUUACUGAAGCUCAGAAACAGAAAACUCCGGAGCAGGAUAUGAAACCAGAGCAGUUGAAGAAAUUUUCAAAGCUUGAAGGUUGGCGCCAGGAACUAAAGCUUUUGGAAGAUAGAAAAGCUGAACUGACUGCAUCUUGAAUUAGGUUUGGCGUUAGAAUUCAGAAAUCAUGUAGUUUUUCCCCCCUUUUCGUUUUGCUUUUUCACUGUGUUUCGUUUGUGAAAAACAAAAAAUGCUUCAUUGUAAAAACAGAGAUUCAUGUAUUCAUAUUUUGUCCUAUUUUUAGCUGCA